AAGACGCUGCUGUUUUAUUUCAUUAAAUAAAUUUCACCGUCCCGACACCCAAGGAUUUCUUCAUGGUCCUUCGAGCAACGUGAGCAUAGUGUGCAGCUCAUCUACAGGUGUUUGCGGCCAAAACGGUGCGACGGAUCAGCACGAUUUUUGCGUCAGAAGUUUACGUCGGGCAAGUUUGUGAGUCCAUUCCAGUCGCCAUUAUUCCUGAGCAACGCGGUAAGAUUGUACUUCAUUCAUUCACUCAAUCAUCGUUGCCGCGGCGGAAGGACACACCGACGUCGAAGUGUUCAAAACCGGAGAAAGCAAUCUUCAUCUGCGUGUAACCGAAUUUACAAAGAAGAACUUCAAUAGUGUUCGUUUAUUUGUAACGAUUUUAUUUCGUCAAACUCGCCGAAGACAAAGGACAACGCAAUACAAAUAAAAUUGCUAUCUCACUCACUCAUAGCAUAUUACGGAACAUUAAUAUUGCUACAAAAAACGCGAUGUUCGGAGUGAAGUGAGCGAUUUUUAGCAAUCAACGUUGUCGUUCAAUACAAUCGAUCUCGAUCCCAAUCUUAACAGGAAUUGUAUUGCAUCAUUUUUUUACCACGUUUUCGUAUACCGAGCGACCAUAUUUUUUUCAGGAAAAGUAAAUUUAAACAAUUCAGUACUUGUUUACGUAAUUAGUCAGCAAUAUGGCAAGCGACAACGAGCUAUUUAACAGGCGGAAAUAUGUGAAAGGCACGAUGACGCGCCUACGCAACUCGCUAACGUCGGAAUUCCUCGCGUCCGCAUCCGAACAAAUGUUACGCACGAAGCAAGAACAUGCCCAGUCCAUCUUCAAGGAGUAUAUAGACCUGACUGUUCAGGUCAACGACGACCAUGAUCCCACUCCUGUUGAAGAGGCCUACUUUGUGUGUAUGGACUUACUGCGCACUACUUUGCAGUCAAGAUUCGGGACGACGGCGGCGGCGGCAAAGCCAAGUGGCGGUUCUAAUAACGUCACGUCCAAGUUAAAACUCCCUGAUAUCCAAAUACCACCAUUCGACGGCAAGUACCUAGAAUACAAACCUUUCAUCGAAUUGUUUACGGCGCUUGUACAUAACGAUUCUAACAUUGUUGACAUUCAAAAGUUUGUGUAUUUACGUGGUUUUCUAAAAGGAGAAGCCUUCGAUCUUAUUAAUAAUUUACCAAUACAAGGCUCAAGUUACAGUGAAGCAUUGACAAUCCUGCGUGAUCGAUAUGAUAAUAGUCACAAAAUUGUAUUUGAACAUAUAUCCAAGUUAUUGGAUCUUGCCUCGAUACUCAGGCCAAAUGUAACCAUGUUACGUAAUUUAAUUUCUGUUGCAAAACAGCAUGUAGCAGCUCUAAAAAAUUUAAAUGAACCCGUUGACAAAUGGGACAGCAUACUUGUAUGCAUUCUAUCUCGCAAACUCGACCCAGUCACUAAUAGAGCUUACUGUUUGGAUAGGAACUCAUCUCAAUCCCCAACUUUUACAGAUUUCAUAAAAUAUCUUGAAACAAGAGCUCUAGCUCUCGAAAACUCGAGCAACAAUGAUGUCAUCGGCGCUAGGAAAGUACAAGCUACUGCUGCAGUAACAAAUAAUCAUGUAGCUAAGUGCUAUUACUGUGGCGUUGCUGCCCCAGCUUGAGGACCAGCACAAUGAGCUCAGCGAUCCCGCGACACCCCGACUCGUUCACACGCAGUUUGGUUAUUUGGUUGCAGGAAAAGUCCCCGUACAGUCUCCCCAUGAACUUCAGAGUACCCCUGUUUCUUUGUUUUGUCAAGAAUGUAAAACAGACUUAAAUUCUAAUGUUAUUCAGUUCUGGAAAUCUGAGGCUGUACCAGAAAUAUAUCCUGAGCACCCCACGUCUGAACAAAAAUAUUGUGAGGAAUAUUUUAAUGAAACGGUUCAACUUGUUGACAAUAAAUUUGAAGUCUCAAUGCCCUUAAAGAUUCCAAUUUACGAUGUAAACAAUACUUUAGGGAAUUCUCUAGUUCUCGCUAUGCGCAGAUUUUUGAAUUUAGAGAAAAGGCUCCAUAAAGAUGAAGCUUUGUUCAAAGAAUAUCAAAGUUUUAUUCAUGAAUACAUAGACCUUGGCCAUGCCAGCUAUGUCGAUAUUUCUAGUUACGAUUUUAACAAAGAUGCGGUAUACUUUAUGCCACAUCACCCUGUCAUACGUGAAAAUGCAGUUAGUACUCGUUUACGUACAGUAUUUGACGAAUCUAUGAAAACAACAAAUAAAAUUUCUCUGAAUGAUAUUAUGUUGAAUGGCCCUGUGGUCCAAAACGAAUUAUUCGACACUCUAUUGUUGUUCAGACUAAAUAAAUAUUUUUUCGCUUGCGAUAUUAGGCGUAUGUUUAGAAAUGUUUUAAUAGAAAAAAGUCAGAGGUCACUCCAAAAUAUAUUAUGGAGAGAUGACCCCCAUGAAUCCAUAAAAUGUUUACAAUUAAACACUAUUACUUAUGGCUUAAAAAACUCAUCUUUUUUAGCAACAAGGUGCUUAAAUGAGUUAGCUUAUAGAUUUAAAAAUGAAUAUCCUUUGGCUGUCCCAGUAAUUCUAAAUGCAACAUAUGUUGAUGACAUAUUGUAUACUCAUAAUGAUUUAAAUGUAAUAAUAGAAACAAAAAGUCAACUUUCACAAUUGUUAUCUAAAGGUAGUUUCUUCUUGCAUAAAUGGUCAGCCAACGAUUCCAGUAUUUUACAGGAUAUUCCGAAGGAACAGAAGUAUUCUGGAGAAAUUAACAUGCAAAAAGAUGUUAAAACGUUAGGGUUGAAUUUUGACGUCAAUUCAGACACUUUUAAAUUUUCCCCCCCGCCUAAGCAAUCUGUCAAGACCAAAAGAGAAAUCUUAAGUUUUAUCAGUAAAUUUUAUGACCCUCUUGGACUGAUUGGACCAAUCUUUGUGCAAGCCAAACAUAUUAUGCAAAAGCUAUGGCUGUCCAAAACAGACUGGGAUUCUAUUCCUCCGCCAGAAUUAAAUAAUAAAUGGCAAUCACUUUAUAAUGACUUAACUAACAUCUCAAGUAUUCAUAUUGAAAGGAAUACAAUGUGUAAAAGUGAACAUCAAACAUUUCAAUUAAUAGGAUUUUCAGACGCAUCCAAUGUGGCAUAUGGUUGUGCAAUUUAUGUGAGAACUAUUGACAUGCAAGGUAAAGUUCAAAUGUCACUAUUAUGCUCUAAGUCACGCAUAAAUCCCAUUGCACCUAAACAGUUAACCAUCCCACGUUUAGAAUUAAACGCUGCGCUUUUACUUGCCAAGUUAGCUUCAAAAGUAUACAAUACUAUUAGUCAGAAACAGAUAGUAAAUGAGGUUCACCUUUACACAGAUUCACAAGUCGUAUUGGCGUGGUUGAAGACCGAUCCAAUCAAAUUAAAAUCUUAUAUUGCGAAUAGAACAAAAUUAAUUACUGAAUGUACUAAUAACUUUAAUUGGUCCUAUAUACAGACAGAUAAAAAUCCUGCAGAUUGCUUGAGCAGAGGAACAAGUCCCUGCGACUUACCAAAUCACCACUUAUGGUGGUCAGGGCCUAAGGAAAUGUCAGAUUGUAAUUAUAAAUUUAAAAAUUGUACUUACCAAUUACCCGAGGACAUUCCUGAAAUUAAAUGUUCACAGAACGAGGCGGUCUGUGCGGCGGUAUCGCUGAGCUCAAAUGGGUCGUCAUUCCUUGAUAAUUUUAUUCACAAAUAUUCUGAUAUUAACAGAAUGAAACGUGUACUUGCAUAUGUCAUUAGAUUUUGUAAUAAUUCUAAACCUAACUCGGCCAAAAUUAAAGAAAACUUUGUUUCCUUUGCUGAGACUAACAAUGCAUUUUCUCUGCUUAUAAAGCACGAACAGCUCAAGUAUUUUUCUAAAGAUUUAAAUGCUUUGCAAAACGGUAUGCAAGUACAAGCUUCUUUAAGAGGGCUUAACCCGUUUAUAGAUGCUCACGGUCUUCUCCGGGUAGGAGGUAGACUGCAACAUUCUGGUUUGCCAUAUAACCAAAUGCAUCAAAUUAUAUUACCUAGGCAAUCUCUAAUUACUUGUAUGAUAAUUGAAAAUGAACAUAACAAGCUUUUGCACGCAAGUCAAAAAUUAAUUUUGUCUAGUUUAAACCAACGUUAUUGGAUUGUCAAUGCUUUACGCUUAAUUAAGAGUGUAAUAUAUAAAUGUACAACAUGCUUUCGUUUCAAGGCUGAAACAGCCAAACAGCUGAUGGGUUCACUCCCUGCGGACAGGGUAACUACUAGUCGACCAUUUAAAAAGGUCGGAAUGGACUUUGCUGGGCCUAUUCUUGUUAAA